CUAUUGAACUGUCAAAAUACUUAAUUUUCAUUCGGGGCUUGGAAUCGAUGAAAAUAAUGUCUGCUAUCCUAAAUCACGCAAUUCGUCGCCAAUUUGGCGCUACUGCCGCCAGGAAUAUGUCCGGAACCGCCGCCACCGCCGGCGAGCACUCCGGUGGCUACAAGGUGUGGAAGCGCCUGUCUUUCUUCGUGGCCGUUCCCGCCGUUGGUCUGUGCAUGCUGAACGCCUACCUGAAGCACCAGGAGGAGCACGACCAUCCCCGCCAGGAGUUCGUCAAGUACGAUUAUCUGCGUCGCCGUGAGAAGCGCUUCCCUUGGGGCGAGGGCAACAAGAGCCUGUUCCACAACCCCCAUGUCAACCCUCUGCCCGAUGGCUAUGAGCACUAGAUGGAUGGCCACCCAUUCCGUUGAGGGGCUAAUGCAGCAGAUGUUUGGUAAUGGCAGACCCACCCGGGACUCCUGUAUGUAAUCGUUAUUGUAUACAAAACUUAAGGCGGAAAUACACAGAAACACAAGACA